AAAGACUGCUUGCUCAAGUGUUUCUGGUGGUUCUGUGUGAGUUCACAUUACUCUGUGAUUGUGUCUCCUCUCAUUCUCGUAUUACCAUAUGAUCCACAAGACAUUCACAAAGAUCUGGAGCAGAAGCUCUCUCAAUUCUAUGAGCGUGAGGACUGCAUCCUAUAUGCCAGCUGUUUUGAUGCCAACGCAGGGCUAUUUGAGGUUCUGUUGGGCCCUGACGAUGCAGUUCUUUCUGAUGAGCUGAAUCAUGCCUCUAUUAUUGAUGGGAUCAGAUUGUGUCGGGCCAAGAGGUUCAGAUACAAACACAUGGACCUGAAUGACUUGGAGACCCAGCUGAAAGAGUCCCAGUCAUCUUGUCUACGCCUCGUUGUCACGGAUGGUGUGUUCUCCAUGGAUGGUGACAUGGCUCCAUUGAAGGGGAUCUGUGACCUGGCAGAGCAGUAUGGAGCCAUGGUCUUCAUUGACGAAUGCCAUGCUACAGGCUUCAUGGGCCCACGAGGCAGAGGCACAGAUGAGCACCUGGGAGUGAUGGACAGGGUUCACAUUGUCAACUCUACUUUGGGAAAAGCACUGGGAGGUGCAGCUGGUGGGUACACAGUGGGUCCUAAACCUCUGAUUGACCUGCUGAGGCAGCGCUCUCAUCCGUACCUCUUCUCCAACUCCCUACCCCCUCCUGUCGGGGGCUGCGCUACCCGUGCUGUCGAGCUGCUCCUCGCUUCCAAUGAGAUUGCUCAUGUCGGGGACAAAACCAUGAGGUUCAGAAACAAAAUGACCGAGGCUGGGUUCACCAUCUCAGGCUCUGACCACCCUAUCUGUCCUGUGAUGCUGGGGGAUGCCAGACUAGCCUCUCUGAUGGCUGAUGACAUGCUGAAACUAGGAGUGUAUGUGAUUGGGUUCUCCUACCCAGUGGUACCAAAGGACAAAGCCAGAAUCCGGGUCCAGAUCUCAGCGGCCCACACUGACCAGGACAUUGACCGCGCUGUGGAUGCUUUCAUACAGACAGGCAGGAAGCAUGGAUUUCUGUCUUAAAUAGAAUAACUCGUGGAUCAUUUUGCUGCCAAUAAGCAAGUUAAAAAGACAAGCAGCUUGCAGUGUGGACUGUGGUUACAGGUUACACAGGAGGCCUAUGAAUGACAGUGCGACAAAGAUAAUUUAUUACAUACAGGGUAAUGUAUUACAGAUGAAGCUCAAUUGUGGUCAAUACUAUUUGUGUUGAAUUUGUGUUGCAGUUGAAUGAAUAAAAUACUUUUGUUAAUAAAACGUUGGUAUUUUCUAAUGGAGCUAGCUAGAUAUGGUUGUAAUACUGGGUAAGCUAGAAGAUAUUUUAAAGUCUUGUUUUUAUUUAGAGCAAUAAACGUGUGCUUGAAUCAACCGUAACUUUGUAAACAC